CCUCCCAUAGACACACAGAAAAGAGAUAGAGGCACACAGAGCUUCAAAGCCCUCGCAGCAAUGGCGGAGGUCGACGACGCCGACGACUUCGGAGACUUCAAGUUCGUCACCGCCGUCGAUCCCAAUCCCAAGAUCAACGGACGAGAUUCGACCGUCUCGGACGACGAUUGGGGAGACUUCGUAACCGACAGCUCGAGCCAGAUCAAAGCUCAGGUCGUGCUCUCCAAUGGAAUCACGUACUCCCAAUCACCUCCCGCCCAAAUUCCCUUCGACCCUUUUGGGUCUUUCAAUGUUUCUAAUGGGUCGGCGCCGACCCGACCCGAAACAGAGCCAAUCCGAGUUGAGACUGAGCCCGCGAAGGUUGAUAAGACUCGGUGGGUGAAGCCGCAGGGAGCUUUGCCGUUGUCGUUAUUUGGUGAAGAGCAGGAAGAGGAGGAGUCUAGUGCGGGCGAGUCCAGGGUUGGGGACAUUGCAAACGAGGGAUUUGCGAAAAAGGAGUCGAAUUUGAAUGUGAAAAAUGUUGGGAUCGAUGAUUUGAUUGCGAAUUUGUACGGUCAGAAUCCAUACAUCGUGUUUCGAAAUGGGUCGGAUUUGAAUUUCGGCUCCGGCGGUCCUAAUUCGACUAUAAAGGGGUUAAAUUUCGUUGCAAAUGGGAUGGAUUUGAAGUUUGAUGAUCCGAUUUCGAAUGGAAAUGGAAAAUUUGGUGGUUUUAAUUUGGGUGCGAAUGGUUUUGAUUUGAAAUUUGAUGGCGUGGGUUCGAAUUCGAAGACAAGUGUGUCGAAUUCGGGUUCUGGUGGUCCUACUUGGGUAAAAAACGGGUUGAAUUUCAGUGCAAAAGCAUUGGACUUGAAGCAUGAUGCUCUGGUUCCGAAAGAGAAAUUGGGUGGCUUGAAUUUGGAUUCGAAUGGUUUUGAUUUGAAAUUUGAUGGGGUAGAUUCAAAUUCGAAUACAAAUGGGUUGAAGUUGAAUUGGGAGGAAGGAAAUGUGAACUUUAAUGAGGAGGAUGAUGAUGGUUGGGAAUUCAAAACUGCGGAUUUGAAGGAAAAAGGGAUUGUGGAAGUAGCAGGAUCGAAACCGGAAUCAAGUGCACACGUACGACCAGGAAUCCAGGUUGAGGAGAAGUGGCAAGCAAAUACUGGAGGAAGUGGAUUUAGUGGGGGAUUUUUAUUUGAUUUCAACCCAAAGCCUGUUACUCGAGAUAAUUUUUUCUUCGAUCCACUUUCAAUAAGCAAGCAGAACAAUGCUCCGGAUAAACCCAAUUCUACUCCGGUUAAUGGAAAUCUGUGGGAGUUCAAGGAUGCAUUUUCAGAAACUGGACCAGAACAUAAGUUGGAAGAGGCAAAGGCUGCCAGUCAUGCUAGUGUUGGAGCUCAUGCUCGUAAUGAUUUUUUUGCUGCAUUUCAUGGGGAUUCUAGCAAGUCUGGAGCAAGUAACUUUGCAUUUCCUUAUAUCCCGACUUCUGGCACGAAAGGUGGUGUAAUCUCAGAUUCACAUUCCAGUGGCAAGAAAGAGGACAAUGUAAAGGAGUUGAGUAGUUCUCCAGAUGCUGGUUCAGAUGACGAUUUUUGGGAAUUUAAGGAUGCAUUUUCCGGAUCUGGAUCAAAGUUCGAGGGGGAGUCGGUGGUUGCCGGUAAUUCUCCCAUCAGUAUAAAUCCAUCUGCAAUGGGUGUUGAAAUACAGCACAAUGAGGUAACACUGGAGAAUCAUCGGCGAGCCUUGCCCCUGUCCAUUUUUGGAGAUGAAGAACUGGAGACUGAUGAUUCCUCAAUUCAAUUUCAACAAAAUAUUUCUACUCAUACAACUGCAUCCCACCAAGUAAAUACCAAUAAAAGCCCUGCGUCCAAUCUAUCCAUCACCGAUCUAAUAUCAAGCUUAUACAGUCAAGUGGACCAGAACACUAACACAAUUCAUGCGCCGAAAUUAACUGAAAAUACUAUACAUACUGCCCCAACCAUUUUGGAAUCUGAUUUUGGUGAUGAUUUUGAUGAAGAUUCUUGGGAAUUUAAGGAUGCUGUUUCAAGAGAUCAAAACCAAACUUCUAUUGCUACUCUUGAAGAUUCACCUCAAGAUUCUUCUACUAAAGUCCAUCUAGAUAAUUAUGUGGAUUUAUAUUGCAAACUGAAGGAUGAAACAUAUGGUCUUGCACUCUACCAUCUUGAAAAUAAAAAGAAAGCUCAAAGUGGUGCUUCUCUUUCUGGUGAAGAUACAACAGUAGAUACUCUGGAAGAUCUGGAACAGGAAAUCCAGAAAUUGUACAGUGAACUACAUCAACACAAUAUGAUCUCUGAUCAAUUCCAGUCAGGGAAUCUUUCUUCAAGAAAUACACAACUUCAUGAAGUUCGUAAACUUCUACAAGAUCCAAAGGUCCAAGUUUUUGAGUCAGAAUAUAAGUUGUCGCAAAGAUUGUCGUUGGCAGAGAAUGAUUUGAGAUCUGCCGUUGAACUUUCAAGACACGCAGCAUCCACAUUAAGGAUUCUUAGAUUAGGAUCAACUGAGGAACAAUCUAAUUACAUUUCCACCUGGUCUCGAAUAGUGUCUGUUUGCGCUGAAGAGUUGAAACAUGGUUCUCUAAUUUGGAGGCAAUCAUUAGAAGCGAAUGUUCAGAAUCAAAUACUAUCCAAACCUCAAGGCAAGCAGUAUAUCCUUUCCCUUGGAGAAAUUUACAGAGUAGUUUUAGUUCUCGAAGCGUCUGCCAAACUUUACGAGUCAUGGAUUCUAUUACAUUCUUCAGACUGUUCUAGCUUUUUUUCUCUUCUAAACGAGUGCUCUACUUUAUGGUCAAGUUCGGGACUUGAUGAAGCUCUCAAGAGCAUUUCAGAUGCAAUUGAUUUUAAAUAUGAUGGGACCAUUGCGGAACUACUAGAUUCCAUGACAUAUAUUCAUCAUCUCGAUGCAUUUGCUCUCCAAAACCAAGUUGUUGUUAAUGACCAAGAACCUAUUUGUUCGCUGUCACUAUUAACUGCAGGAGCCGUGCCAGGUGUUAAAAUGGUGAUGUGGAAUGGGGAAAACUACUUGUUGAAACUUGCGAACUUAUGGGCAAAUUUAAUUAGUCCUAGUCCUCCGCAAUUGCCCCACGUGCGUUAUAGCUGAUCGGAAAAUCAUGCUGGAGGAAUCAAUGAGGACUUUUGAUGUGCUCUUUGGCUGAAAAUAGCCACUACAUCUCUCAGUUCUCUCUAGAAUGUGGCUUUGACGGACUGAAAAGCAUGACGAUCAAUCAGAAAGAAAGGUAGUGACUUUUCAACAACACGAUUAGGAAGUAAUCUGAUCCGAAAGACAGUCGGCUGCUCAGUUUGAUCCAACCAAACCUUGAUCUGAUUCUUUUGUUUCGAGCUUGCCAUUGUGUUUUUGUGGAGCCAUUGUACUAUAUCGAUAGGAUGUAGAAAAGGUUUUUGUAUCGAUGUCUGUAGCUAUGUGUGCCUGAAGGUAAAACCGGGUGGAUAAGAAAAGCAUCCCCAAACUCCGUUUUAGAAUUUUGAAACGAGGAAACAAAAUAGGCCAUAAAAACGAGGUGUGGAGAAAUUACUAGUCAAAAGCUUACACAAGGUGCAAAAUGCAAAUGUAGCUUUUUGUGUGGUAAUACCAUGUAAUAUAUUUUGUAUUGUGUUUUAUGACAUUGAUGAACUACAAGAUUGUGGAGAA